AUGGGGAAUGCUCAUGCCUUAGAGAAACGUCAGCUUUCAAAUGUUGAAAGUGGAAUAACGAGUUCUGUAGGCAUAAAAGAUUUUGAAAGUCGUUGGAAAUCCUUUAUGAAUUCACUUGAUUUGUCAGCCGAACAUAUAAAACAAAUUGAAUUGUUAGAUGAAGGGAAGAAGGCAGAGCUGCUGUCAAAUUAUGAAUUAAAAAACCCUAGGUGUUCUGCUUUUCACUAUGUUACGCUUUUAAAAGCUAGUCGGAUUGAAUUAUUUUGGAAAAAGAAAGUAGACGGUUCAGCAUUUCGUUCUCUACUAUCGUCAGUAGAAAUUUCUCUUCGUACCAACAAUGUUGAAUGGGUUUAUGACUUUUUAGAUCUCGAGGGCCUUGAGGCACUAGCCGAUCUAAUGUUACAAUGUAUGCAUUUUCUAUCAGGACAGGACACGACAUUCGGCUCACGAAUAUUAUGUGGGAGUAAAUCCUUAGACGAAACUAAUCGGGGUCGCUACGAAAUGUCUUGCUAUGCAGAAGUUCCUAACUUCAUCCGUAAUAGUAGCAUAAAGUCAAACCAUUUUUCACCAAACAAUACAUUUUUACCCACAUCCAUUAUUCACAGUAGCUGUUCAUCAAAAGGUUCUCUACUCACUGCGUCGUUCUUAGACUUUCUCGAAGAUUGCUUACAUCUGUCUCUUCGUUCGCUUAAGGCCAUAUUGAAUAAUCAGAGAGGGUGUAGAAGAGCUAUGGAGCAUGCACUUGUCAUUAGUCUAGUAACUUUCUGUCUUCUGCAUCCUAAUUAUUCAACAAAAACGCUAGCACUAGACAUGCUUACUGCAUUGUGUCUAAUUGAAGGUGGUCACGUGAAAGUCUUGCAAUCCUUCGACAGGUUACGCGUCGUGAUGGGUGAAGGAUUGAGAUUUGAGCUUCUUUUGGCAGCACUCAGAUACCACGAGUCGCUUGAUGAAGAAAGCUACAAUCUAGAUUUUGCAGUAACAUGCGUACAAUUUCUCAAUAUUAUUGUUCAUUCACCAGAGAAUAUAAAUUUACGAGUAUAUUUACAAUAUGAACUCCAACUACUUGGAUUUGAUGAUUUGUUAAAACAAAUUCGUGAUCGUUCUGGGUCACGAUUAAAAGUUCAAAUUGAAGCCUAUUUAGAUAAUCGUGUAGAUUGUUCAUUACUACUAGAAGAUGCUGAAGCUAAGGAAGCAGCUAUUCUGGAACAAGAACGUUUGGAAAAGCAAUUGGAAUCAGAAAGAGCUAUAGCUAAAGAAUCUGAAGAGAAUUUUAAGCUCAAAGAAAAUGAACUUCUUCGUAUUGCUGAAUCAUUACGUAUAAAAAAACGAGAAUUCGAAAUAGCUGCUGCUGAUCGUGAAUCUGCAUUGUACAAACAAAUCAAUGAAUUACAUCGUAACAUUCAGUUGGCUCAACGAGAAAUAUCUGAUUUGAAACAAAAUUUACAUCUUGCACAAACGUGUACAACGAAGUCAUUCACUACAAUGUCCACUUCAACACAUUUUGAAAAUUCAAAGAGGAAUUCAUCAAUAACAAACAAUAGCAUUGAUCACAAUUCCUCAUCUGAUCCACCCACAUUAGUGACACGAGCUAUGUCUAUCGAAGACAAUUUUUCUUUGCAUCCUUGUAAUAAUGGGCAACAACAUAAUUAUCAUCCUAGUCUUGGUUCCGAAGCCUCAUUAAACAAUAACACUAAUGACAUCAAUUGCAAUAAACAAGGCUCUUCAAGUGUUUAUACCGACGCAGAUUCAUCAUUGAUUUAUCGGUCUAAAUUGGAUGUUCACUAUAAUACUGAAGAGCAACAACAGGCACCCGUAAAACCCCAAAGAAAAAUAACAGAUCAAAAAGUAAAUAAUCUAUUUUCAUCUUGUACCCUACAAAAUUUUACUACAUGCAAACAGUUAGCUAACCAAGCAGCUAAUUAUUUAGCCGAACUAGUCAAAUUAGUUUCUAGUUUAUCAGCAACAGAACUGUUCAGUGCUGAAAAUGUUUCAUCCAAUGAUCGUUUAGUUAUGAUUUAUCCAAUUGGUUGGGAGUUUUCAUAUUCUUCUUCGUGUCCUUCUCCUCUCUCUUCUCAUCGACAUCACUAUGGUGAUAGUGUGAUCACACAGUUAACAGCAACACCACUGGAUACUAUAUUCAAUGAUCAGAUAUUCAGGACAUGUUAUUUAGCGAAUAUAUCUAUGAAAGCUGAAGGAAUCUGUACCAACUCGGAAGAUUUCUUUCAUAUUUAUUCUAAUCAACUACCAGAUUUAUGGUUUAAUGCAUAUCAAAAAUUAUCACAGUAUUCAUUAAAGAAACAACAAACUUUAACAUCAAUUAAUUUAUUGCAUAAGACUGAUGAUUCAGUUGAUACAAGACGUUCAAACAUUUUUGAUGAUCUUCAUAGAGUCGGACUUUUAGAAACCUCCUCUAAUAAUCAGUCACUGGAAAAUAUUGAAGCAGUCAACAUCGUUUAUAAUGAAUAUGAUAAGGAGAUCAAAUGUAAUUUUUCUAGAUCAAAAUUAACUGAAUGUUUAUUACAUUUGAAGUUGAAUCCUAUUAUUACACAACAUUUAUUAAAUGAAAUUCAUUGUUUAACAGAGAAUCUUAGAAGUAAUAAUAAUAAUAAUAAUAAUAGUUUAAUGAUCAUGAAUUCAUCAACUAUUGAAUUGUUCGAACAACUGGAAAACAUAUUUCGAAAGUAUUUUAGUCAAUUUAAUAUCGAAGAGUUAUUCCUUUGUAUUACUGGUACUGAUAAAAAUCAACAACGUUGGCCUUGUCUACUCACUUUACUGCAUGGUAAUCUUAUUAAGUUUACUCUGAUUGAAGAAUUGAAACUUAUUAACGAGAAUAUAUCACUAGUUCUUGAAUGCUGUACAAGUAUACUAGUCAGUACUAAAUUACCAUUAAUUAUACAAUUAGUUUGGAGGUGUACAAAUAUGUUAUUGAAUGGUCACAAAUCAACUGGUUUUCAAUUAAAAAGCUUAGAUUCUCUGAUAGAUUGGCAGUUCACAUUACCACGAAUAUCUAAUACUAAAAGUCAAAUAGUCCAACACGAUCAACAAUCCUCCACAACAGCCAAUCAAGUUGAUGAGAUGAAAUUUUUGAAAACAGAUUUCAUGUUAAUGUUUGUCAAAUAUAUCAUGAAAAUUUCACCAAAUUUAUUGAACUGGACAUCAGAGUUAAAUCAAUUGGAUGUUGUGUCAAGAAUCUCAAUAUCUGAUUUAUUCAAACGUAUCGAAUAUGUCAAAUCAAAUUUAACAUUUUUAAUUCAUUAUUCUAAAACUAAUGAAUUUACGAAUAGUAAUAGUAAUAAUUAUACUAAUAACAAUCAUAAUGACAAUAAUAAGGAUGACAAAAUGACAAGCCAAGGUAAUUUGUCAUUAGAAAAUAUAGCAUUGAUUAUUCGUUUAUUUGAAUUAUUAACAAAAACAUCAGAAACAGUAUGUUGUAUUUUACAUUCAACUGCUUAUUGGAUCAAGAGAUUUCAACCGACGUCAUUAUCUACAUCAACAAGUUGUAAUAUAAUGUUAUCGGAUGAUUGGUUAAAUCCACUUGUCAGAUUUGCAUUUUCAUUCAAGAAUUGUGUCAAUGAUCUCGAUAAAAAAUCACGUCAUUCACAAAAUUCCUCAUUAAAUAUACACGAUACUCAAUCUUCUAGUCAUUUACAUCAUCGUCACAGUCAAAAACAUUUAAAAGAACAUGAAAAGAUCCCAUCCUCGUCAAAACGUGAAAAUCGUCAUCGUAAGCCACGUACUCGUCAACUGGAUACAGACGGUCUAAUGGAUGAUAUACUACACAAUCUCACUUUGAAUCCUCUAAGAGCAGAUAUACAUGUGAAACGAUCAGACAAGAUUGAUUAG